AUGGAAGACAAGCAAAGUGAGGUUAUACUUAUUGGGAUAUGGCGGAGUUCCUAUUGCCAAAGAAUUGAGCUAGCUCUUAAACUUAAGGGCAUACCCCACAAGUAUGUAGAGGAAGAUCUAUCAAACAAGAGUGAAUUACUCCUUCACCAUAAUUCUAUCCAUAAGAAAGUACCUGUCCUUAUCCACAAUGGGAAACCCAUUGCAGAGUCACUUGUUAUUCUCGAAUAUAUUGACGAGCACUGGAACAACUCUCCUAAACUCUUCCCUGAUGAUCCCUAUCUGAGAGCCAAACUUCGCUUUUGGGCCAACUUCUACGACCAAAAGAUCAUGGUGGCAAUCUUACCUAUCAUCAUGUCCAAAGGCAAACAACGAGAGAAAGCAAUUGAGGAGAUGAACGAGUUGCUAAGGGUGUUUAUAGAAGGAAUCAUGAAAGAUUUUCCUGAGAAAUUUCCCUUUGAUGGUCAGAAUUUAGGACUUUUGGAAGUGAUUGCGGGCACAAACCUUUGCAAUUAUAAAGCGUUUAAUGAGGCAGUGGCAGUGGCUUGGAGUCCUGAGAAAACUCCCCCAGAGUUGUUGACAUGGGUCAAUGCUUUAAACCAACAUCCUUUGAUCAAGCAAACAAUUCCACCUCAUCACAAAUUAGUGGCCGCCAUAAUGGAAAAGUUUUCCCGUUUCCUAAAGCAUGAUGCAUGAAUACAUAAUAUUUUUCAUUAAAAUACCCUCUAAUUUUAUUAUGAUCUAAGAAUUUUAAUAUUGUAAGAUUUUAAUUUCGCGUCUACUAAUAUAAUCAAUAUCAAUAUUUAUUCUAUAUAAAAUGUGCCUAUAUAACUGAAA